AUGCAUGGCUUCUGGGCGGCAGGUCAGUUUGACGAUGACGAGGUUCUACGCACACUGGGGGCCUCAGCCCUCGACGUGUUCCAGUCAAGGAAGUUGCUCCACGAGCAGGGGAUUUGGACUGACGAGUCGAACGUGCCGCCGGUGCCGACUGACCUUGCACAGGAACCUCUCGUAAAUGAUGCUUGUCAGGGCUACUCCGACCAAGUGGAGAUAGCGAUGGAUCUACUCACGACAGGGCCAGGGGUUGCGCCGACACACAUUGAAGAAGACGAAAGUGGUGCAGUGCCCGGACGAUGCCGCAGACCAGAUGGAGGGGUGAAGCACAUGGACAGGGUCCACAUACCAAGAGGUUCGAUAUGA